UGGGUUGAGCUACGAAACGGUUAACGUCGUGAAACCUACGUCAGUUGCUUUCGCGUUUAUAGUGUGGAUGCUUUGCGACAAAAAAAAAACUGUGAAAUAAACUUUUAACUAAAGCAUCCUGUACGUCGUAUGAUUGGUUGCGUAGUUGACAAAUGUGAUUGGUCUUUCUAUGAUAUAUAGAAGAUACUCAGUGUAUCGAAUACAUCAAGGAGCAACUAAAUAUAGAGUGGUCACCGGCUUUCGUGGAAUGUUUGAAUACCUUAGUGUUUUAUGUUGUCGAGGUCUUUGUGAGAACAGGUGUUUUUAGGUUUUCGCCGUCUACGCUUUUGGGAUGAGAUUUGACCUGUUUCGAAAGAGAUAUGCUGCGUAAGGUGAUAAAUGCCUGGAGGCAGAAGGUGAUAAAUGCCUGGAGGCAGAAGAAAGUGUGUUGUUCGGCAGAAUAGUUAAAAAAGGGGAAGUGUGGAGAAAGCACAGUGAACUGUGUGAAUGAUGCUAACAAGAAGAGAAUGGUCACAAGAUUCAUCUGGCAUGUGAGGAAUCUACUAGGUGUGUCACCGAGGAAUAAAUAGUUCGUUUGGUGUAAAGUGUGCAUAUGUUUAGUGAAUACUACAAUUAUCUUCAUUUACCAAAAAGAUUUGUUAUUCGGUAAACGAAAUAAAGAGUCUUAUGUAGCGUAUGUACAACGCAGUACGAUUGUCAUUAAAACAUAUAUGUAUGAUUUAAGUGCCAAUAAAGAAUAUCCGGAUUAAGUUGGAAGUGUAUAAGAAGAAUUUAAUAAAAUGUUUUUGAUGUUCUGGUAGUUAGAUACAAAGAAAAAAAUCAUACUGAGAAUUUCUAUGUGCAUUUGCCGGGUUACAGGCAGAAUCGGAGAGCAGAUUACGAAGAAAUCGUACAUGUGAUGUGAAAAAACGUAACAUACUACGAAAUCCAGUAUGCAGAUGAUUAAUAUUGCAGUCAACUUUAAAUGGUGAAAUUCUCUGUGUUCACUGUUGUUGUGCUCAGCUAAUGUUUGGUGAUUAAAACCUGAAGUACUUUCAAAUGGUUUUGUACUUUUUUUCAACGGAAUAUCAACCAUAUAAAGUUCAGAUCAGAACAUUAAUUUGGCGGCUACUCUGCGAAACAUAUUUAACUCAAAAACAUCACUACACGGAUCCAGCAUAGUAUCGACAUAUCGUUUGACAAUAAUUUAUAUGUGAACGUUAAUGAUUGAAUACUGCCUUAUUAUACUCAUUGAGGAUCAGCUUUAUCCUGGAAUAACUUUGUUCUACAGUGUCAGAAGGUAUGACUCUAAGUGGAGUAAUCCAGAUGUUUGUUGAUUGCACUUACCGAAAAUUGAAAGAAAUUGAAUAUAGAGUGCGGCUAUAUAAUCGUCUUUUUAAGGCGAUGUUGUGAAUUAUGUGUUCGUGAUAAGUUGCAUGCACAUAAAUCCUAAUAAAGACUCCAAAACAUUACUUGUGCCGGUUGUGUGAUGGAUUGCAGACGCUUUUGAUUUAAUGUUCACAUGGAGCUAUCAAAAGUACAAUUGAUUUGGAAGGGAAUCAAUUAUUUAUUAUGACAACCUACAAUUAAAUGGCCGCUUCCAUACUCACUGGGACCCUACAUAAAUGAUGUUAGAUUCAGUGCGCUGCCAGACUUGUCGGCUAUGACUGGUCUUCGUGGGACAAACUAGGCACCCGUCAUUCACCACAAUCAGAAACCAGAACAAACGACGUGACAGCGAAAAGAAAAACAACACCAUCAUGACCAAAGAAGAAUUAGCACUUUUAGUCGCAGCUCAAACCUCCACAAGCCCCCCUGCCACGACAUGUUGCGCUUCAAAUCCAUUAGACCAUAAAAGGACCAGCCCAGAUCUAGAAAAGCGACCCGAGCAUCACACUGUUCGACGGCGGUCUAGAAGAGCAUCUCCGAAGGUGGCCACGGACGUGAUGAACCGGACACGGACCCGCGACUGGCGAUGGACCUCAACGUUGAUGACGACGAUGGUGGGGAGCAAUCUUCUGCUGCCGCGGUUGCUACUGCUCGCCGUCAUGUUGAUGGUGACCCACAAAGUACACGCGGUGGAAGGCAAAUUGCAGCUGUGUGAAGUGGAAACCGGACAGACGAAUAUAAUCCUAGAUAUAGAAGAGAGUCGAGGCAAUGUUACUAGUCAGCCAACAACGCCCCCCGAGUUGCCCAUAUACGGUGAUCCAGAAAGCGAGAUCCAACUGGACCUCAAUUUUCCCAAAGGGAACCCAACGUUCACGUUGAAUGGCAAAUCACUACAGCUUAUCCAUCCGCUGGAUCGCGAUGAGGAGAAUCUGAGCCAUAUAGUCUUCCAGAUAAGCUGCACCAUCCGAUCAACGCGUAGAAGGCGCAAUAUUCCGAUUAUAGUGCGAGUGUCGGAUGUCAACGAUAAUCCACCGAUGUUUAUCAACACACCAUAUGAAACCGCAGUGCCCGAGUCCACGCCCGUUGGAACGACCAUCUUCAAGAAUGUACUCGCCCAGGACAAGGACGCUGGCGUCAACGGCCUAGUUGAGUACUUUGUGAUUGAAGGCUCGCAGCAGAACAUCUCGGAUAUCUCACCGAACACAUUGACAGCAGCUGACGGCUACGGAGUAUUUGCCAUCGCUUAUCCGCAUCAAGGACAGGUCACCGUGGUGAAAACACUGGAUUACGAGCGCAUUCAACGAUAUUACCUGACGAUAGUCGCCUCGGAUCGAGCACGCAAUGCUUCCGAACGGUUAUCGGCCACAACCACCUUGACCAUAGACGUUGCGGACUCGGACGACCAGGAUCCCUCUUUCAUUUACCGUGGAUGCGUAUUGUUGGAUGGUGCUUGUUUGAAUCCAGAAUAUACGGCCUCGGUUCCAGCUGGAACAUUGCAAGGCGUUUUGACCGUGGUUCCGGAGAGGAUACAGGCCGUCGAUUUGGACACCAUCAGUGCACCGAUCCGGUACUCGUUCCUCAGUGGAAUUCCCGGUAACUACGGUGAUUUUUUCGAAAUCGAUUCCCAAACUGGAGUGUUGAAACAAACCAAACUGGUAGAUUCAUCCGUAACGGCGAAAAAAUUUGACAUUAUAGUGAAGGCUGAAGAGGCAUCAGAAACAAAACGGUUUGCUACUGCAAAACUGACCAUUCACGUAAAACCAGUUGAUGCAUACCCUCCAGUAAUAAGUAUAACGUCUACCGAAGGUUAUGUCAAUGAAAAUUCACCCAUUGGAACAACAGUAACUGAUUCGAAAGGAGUCCCAAUCAAACUCUCUACGACUGAUGCAGAUUUAACAUCAGAAGACGAACGAGUCGAAUAUAUUUAUGAAGUUACAACUCCCUCAUUUAUAGUAUCUAAAAAUGGUAUCCUACAGGUUAACGAAGAGGGACUAGACAGGGAUCCUCCUAGCCAAGGAAAGUACAGAUUUCAGGUGGUGGCAAGAGAAACUAAUGGUAAUGCGGCUAGUGCACCAAUGAGCUUGACUGUCCAUCUAAAUGAUGUUAACGAUAAUGCUCCAAAGAUGACCAUGGUUCCUCCGGUAAGUCUUACUGCAGGCGAUGGCCGGCGGUUGGUAACUAAAGUAACUGCAACUGACAAUGAUAGUGGAGAAAACGCUGUUAUUACCUAUUCAAUCUUCCAUGUUUCAAACAAUGGAGGCAAUAAAUUUGCCAUAGAUCCCAAAAGUGGAGAGAUUGAGACAAGGGCAAGGUUAAAUGCCGGUGAACAGUAUAGUAUUACAGUUCAAGCAUCUGACAUUGGAGGUCUUUCAUCGCAAGCCAUUGUCGAAGUAUCUGUUACACCUGGCCCAAAUACGAAACCUCCGAGAUUCAUUAAACCCGUUUACGAUGUACAAGUCAGUGAAGGAGCUGAAAUCAAUUCAACCGUAAUAGUAGUCAAGGCUGAGGAUCCUGAGAAUGAUCCUGUGAAAUAUUUCGUCACCACUGGCAAUGACCUCAGGCAGUUUUCAAUUGGGAAGGAGAGUGGUGUUAUCAGCGUGAUUCGGAAACUCGAUAGAGAAGACUUGACCCGUUAUCAAUUAAUAAUAAGAGCUGAGGAUAGUGGCGGACUAGCUAGUAGUGCUACGGUGAACAUCAAAGUUACAGAUAUCAAUGACAAAAAUCCUGAGUUUGACGAAAAUGUUUUACCAUACAUUUUCACCGUAGAUGAGGGAAGAGAUAAUGCUCUAAUAGGAACGGUACAUGCUACAGAUGCUGACGAAGGAAUGAAUGCUGAGAUUACUUACACAAUUCCGUCGGAUAUCCCAUUUAAAAUAAACUCUCGAACAGGAGAAAUAAGAACGAAGUCACAGCUAGAUUACGAAAAACAGAAAGAGUACAAAUUCGUAGUUACUGCGCAAGAUGGUGCACCAGAACCAAGAUUGGGAACGGCCAGCGUGACUGUUAAGGUACGAGACAUACCUGACGAAGUUCCAAGAUUCAUGGAAUCUAUGCUUGAAGUAAAGAUUCCAGAAAAUGUGCCAGAUAUGGCAGUAACUACUGUAAGAGCAUUUGAUCCGGACACAAAACCCGAAAUUACCUACACAUUGAAAAGAGGACCAGGAGAUUUGUUCAAAAUCGAUGCCCGAACUGGAUUGAUAAAAACAAUUCGUGGAUUAGAUUACGAAAAGGACAAAAUUCACGAACUUAUAAUUGGAACUCUGGAAAACAACGGCACUAACCCUGGAGAUUACAUUAAAAUAAUGGUUGAAGUGGAAGACAGGAAUGAUAUACCCCCUGUAUUCGUAUCGAUCCCUGAGCCGAUUAAUAUAAAUGAUGAUCUUCCAAUUGGUUCAAUAGUUGGUUCUAUGCCUGCAGUGGAUGGUGAUGGAUCAUCACCCGGAAAUGUGGUUAGAUAUGAGAUGGUUGGUCGAGGAAAAGCGUUGAAAUACUUCCAAGUAGAUGCAGAUUCGGGAAUAGUUCGUAUACGAGAUGAGCUGAACAAGGAAGAUGAUACAGAAUACUUAGUUGAUGUACGAGCAUACGACAUGGGAGAACCACAACUUAGCUCAGUUUCUACUUUGCCAAUCUAUGUAAGCCAUAUUCCAGCAAAUCCUAAUGAUUCUGCGGAGUCAAGAGUUGAUGCCGGAGGAUUAAUCAAGCUUGAAGUGCAAGGUCUUGCUUUCAGCGAUGAUAGCUAUACCACAAGUGUACCAGAAUCUACAGGAAUCAAUGCCACUAUUAAACUAAUUCAAAUAAUCAACUCGAAGAAAGCCACCAAACACAAUGGAGGCUUCAGAUGUGAAAUAAUCAAAGGAAAUGAUUUCAAUAUAUUCCGCAUCAACAUUGAAGAUCAUGCUUGCGCACUAGUUUUAAAUGGGCCAUUGGACUAUGAGAAGACAAGUAGUCAUAACCUAGAAGUUCGACUUGUAUCGAAUAAAUAUUUUGUGAACCAGCAUAAGAAUUUUGCACAAGUUAAAGUCAUUGUUCAAGAUGAUAACGACAAUAUCCCUAUGUUUCAAUUUCCGACAAGCUAUCAUCAAGACGUACGGAAUGAUACAUAUUAUGCUGUGAUAAGUCCUGAAGCUGAUAUGGACACGCAUCUGAUAACAGUAAAAGCAUUUGAUAAAGAUGCUGGUGUUUUUGGUCAAAUUAAAUAUCAUAUUUAUGAUGAAAAAGUCAACGAAAUACCAAACGAUGACUCGCCAAGUUCAUUCUUCAUCAUCGGUGAGGACAAUGGAAUGUUGAAGACGCAAAAAAGUUUACAAGGUGUUAAACAAACUCCAUUAACGUUUAUCGUUGAGGCACGUGAUAACAACGGAGAUCCAUUAGCUGGCGUUGUGCACAAAGCUAAAGCCAGGGUUGUAGUUAACUUAAUCUCAGAUAUUAAUCGAAUGGCAUUGGUGUUUUCCGAUUCAACUCCCAAGGAUAUUAGACGUCAUGUACGAGCGUUGGAAGAACUGCUGCACGAAAAAUCUACAGGCCUUAUAACAGGAAUCGAACGGUUCAGUACAAGAAAGAUUUUGAACGAAAAUGGAACAAUUGAGGAGGUUAAUGGAGCUACAGAUGUUUGGUUCUACGCUGUUGAUCCGAAAUCGGAGCGAAUUUUGGCUCGCAAUUCUAGUUCUGUAAUGAAAACAAUUUUAGCACCAACAAUUUUGUCGCAAAUCAACUUUGAAGCAUCGAGCAUUGCAAGAGCCACUGCUCAAGGCAUUUUUGGUCCAGUUGAACCGAAACAGCAAAUCCAGAAGGUUAAGGCAGCAGUUGCAGUGAAUGACGAUGUUUUUCCAUAUGCGUUGAUUGCAGUUGCAGUUGUGAUACUCAUUCUAGGAUCAAUUGGAAUCGUUUACAUUUGUAUUUCGUGGUCAAAAUAUAAGAAUUUCAAGCAACGUAUGCGCCAAUAUAAUGCUCCACCUAGUCCUGUUCGCUAUGACCCCGUUAUUAUAAACUCCCAAGCCCCGGCAGCCGAAAAUCAAACAUCCCUCAAAGAAUAUGAAACUCAAGUUCUUGCUAUGGCCGUUCCUGUAGACGAAGGCGACGACCUUCAGCUAGACUUUAGCGCCAAGAAUCACGCCUUCAGUUUGGAUAAUGUUAGCUACAUUACACACAAAGAAAAUGGUCAACACAGUCCUACGAACUCCGACGCGACAACCGCUGUUGUGGGUACAUUACAACGGAACAACAACAACAAUACCAAAAAUAAUAAUAACCUGAAUAUAAAUAAUCGGCAAAACACUCUCAAUCGAAACCUUGAGAUGAAUCGUAACAACUACCUAAAUCCGUUAGGUUCGGUAAGCAAUGGAAGUGUACCGGGUACGUUGACCUUAGGGCGGAUAAAAUCCGAGAGAAACAAUUACAUCAACGGGUACGGGGACACACUGAACCGUAAUAAUCUGUCAAUGGCCCAAAACAAUACUUUCAAUACGUUGGGUCGAACCCACCGGAACAAUAACAAUAGUAAUAACAUCAGUAAAGCCAAUCAUCACCACCACAUGCAUCACAAUGGUACUGUAAACGGGACGGAGAUUGUGACUAACACGCUGGGAAGAAACAAUCGCUACAACGAUGUGCCAAUCAGCAAUCCACUCUUCCAUAUCCGCCAAAAUGGAGAUCUUCAGUCUCAGCCACAGCUCAACCAUACCAGUCCUUCAAACGAAAAUGUUACAUUCGGAAAGCGAGACUACAAUCAACUGUCGUUCUCUUACCUCAACGACCUGGAUCGAUCGGAUGCCGAAACCACCACUGAACUGUAAAAUCUCACUUUUUGCAAAUUGAUAUCGUGUAAUCAUGCGUCACGUAAAAGAUGCAUAAAAAAUAGUUCAAAUGUGUCGAAAGCCAUUAAACCGGAGAAAUUAGUGAGGAUAUGAACUGCCUUUUAGUUAGUAGUGUACAGUUAAAUUCAAUUGUUUUAUAUUGUAACGUUGUUAAGUAGUAAGAUUUUUCAACUGGAUAGCAUAUAUCUUUCUGUUUCCAUUUUCUUAACUUUAUUUAAAUACAUACGAGGCAUUUUCUUUACAAUUAUCAAUUUAUAAUCAUCAACCUUUACGACGAACUCUUAACGUUUCAUGACCACACUAUCCAGUCGUAAUCCGGCGAAGGCGCCAUUGACAUUUUCAGUGCAUUCAUGGUUGUCAAUCAUUGUUUGAGCAAACUAGGAUGAAAUCGGAUAACUUAAUGCAAUAAGGAUACCACAGAUUGAUUAGAUCUUAAAAUAUAAGCCAAAAUGCGCUAAAAUUGUGAAUGACACUUACACCACUCUAUCACAUUAUUGCUGUAUCAUACUCUUCUGAAAUGUGCCGAAGAUAUUCUUGUUAAUGUGUACUAUACUCCUAACGAACAAAACACAAAAGUCUGUUUAAGCAUAAAGUUGGAGUUUUCACCUAUAAAGUAAUAUUAUAUUCAACUAUCAAUGUCGGUACAUUUCGCCCAUAUGUACAUAUUGAGUCAUACGAGUAACUAAUAAGUUUAGCAACGCAAAUAUAUUUUUAUCUAAGCUUGUAUAGGAAUGGGAAAUCAUUGAAACUGUCUCUAGUAUAUUCAGAGACUGAAUUUUCCACGAACUGAAAACGUUUUAUUAGACCAAUUAUAAAGUUAUUGAAUUUUACCGGAGGUUAGUAUGCUAUUUUGAAAUGAGCGAGUGAUAAUUAAUUUACAAUGAGAAAAAUAUGUCUGUGGAAAAAUACUUCGGGAAAACUGUUUUACUCAUUUCGUAUAAACAUAGCAAAAACUUUCUUAAAACAGGACGAAAAUAAAUGAAGACAUAUGCAAAAAU